AUGUCCAAUCUCGAUCCCCUUAUUGAGACAUGUCUGUCACUCAUCUCACGGCUUCAGCGGUUUGGUACACACUCUCUGGCGUCUCGAGACGUCCGUCAAGAGCUGGCCGACCUCAUCCAGACCAAACUGCGUGAUCUGGACACGGAAUUCGCACGAUACAAGGCCACAUGCCCUCAAGACACGACGUCGCAGAUCGCACUCGAAUCAUAUACGGAACAAAUCGCCAACCUGCGUGUGCUGUACCGAAAGGCCCAGGUGACCAGUGCAAAGAAUGUGGAGAAAUCGCUGCUCAAGGAACGACAAAUGCUGUUUGAGGGCCGCAAGGAAGUCAAGGAGGAAGCCAGCGAAAAGGCAGUGCUCAACAAGUCUCGUGAUAUUACUCAAUCGCUCAAGCGGGUUCAUCAACUGGCUUCUCAGAAUGUUCUGAGAGGAGAAAUGCACUUAGAGAGCCUGGACGAAUCGUCGCGUGACAUGCAGAUGCUGCAGCAAAAGUAUACCACCUUUGACGUGCUUUUGGCAGGCUCCAAGAAGCUGGUUCGACAUCUUGAACAGGCUGACAAGCAGGACAGAAUUCUAAUGAUGGCUUCUAUGGGAUUUUUGGCGCUUGUGGUGGCGUGGAUUCUAUACAGACGGGUGUUGAAGCUCCCCCUGAUGAUCAUCACAUGGCCCCUUCUCAAAUUGUUUGGAAUCGUUCGAGGAAGUGGUCCUAAGAUUCCCAAAAACCCAGGUAACCCUGUGCAGGGGUUGGUUGACACGUUAGUCGAUACAGUGGUGGAAGCUACUCCGUCUGUGGGCAUGGAAACAUUGGUGGAUACCUUGGUGGAGACGUUGGAAACGGCACUGUCGUCUACCAUUGCAGCAGAUAUAGACCUGGAGCUUCCAGUUGUGUCUGAGCCUCUGGACGAUACUCUUCCUGACAGCGGUGUUCCCGAACAGAAGGAGGUUCCCAUUCGAGAUGAGUUGUAA